AUGCAAAAGUUUAUUGACAAAAUUAAGUUGCAAAAUUUACAGGAGCAAAACCCUAAGAACCAAAUAUUAAUAUCCAAGAAAAUAUGCUUUAACAAUAUAUUGGGGAAAAAAAAAAUAGAAGAAGAGAAAUUGGAAAACAAUAAAUUAUUAAAAGAUGUGGAAUCAUACUAUAAUUAUACCUUAAAAAGAAAAGCAUUUUUUGUAGUUUUAAAUGAAUAUUAUAGAAAGCAAAGCAUAUUUUUACUCUUAAAAUUUAAUGAAAUGCAAAGGAAAAGGGAACGAGUCUUUAGAUUAUUAUUAACGAAUAAGUACAACCGUAAAAUAACGAAAUGUGUUAUUAGUUCAAUAAGCAUAUUCAAUGGCGUAAGCCAAAGAAUGAACUUAAAAUUCAGCAUUUUCAAAAUUAUUAAAAAUAAAUUUUUUAAUACAAAGAAAGUGUGCCUAAAAAUAAUGAAAAGAAAAAUUCAUAGAAUUAAAAUGAAGAUAUUUUAUGGGUGGGCUAAUUUAACUAAAAAAAUAAUAAGCAAUAAAUUUGAAGAGGCAUAUACCUAUUAUAUACUGAGAAAAAAGAAAAGGAUAUUUUUUUUAUGGAAAAGAUUAAUAAAUGAUGAAAAGCUUUUUAAAAACAUAGAUAGUAUUUUUCUUGCUUUAGAGACAAUUGCAUCUUCGUGGAUAAAAAACUGA